GUUCUAGUUCCAUCGUCCAAGAAAUGCAUUAGAUUCAUCGGAGCUGGACCUUCAUGGUCAACAAUAAUCUGUUUCGACGCAUUCGACGGGAAGGCUCGACCUCCGCAUGCACUGAGCGCUUUAGGCGAUCGUACGACUCUUGUAUACAACACGUACAAUUGUGCGACAGUUCAGGUGGAGGCUUCAGGCAUUAUCAUGGUUAACAUUGUGAUCGUCAACCAAUCAAGGCCAGGCUGUGGCGGUCAGUCAGGGCAAAACCAGGCAGUGGCGUUACGCACGUCGGGGGACGAGGUUCAGCUCCAUGGCUGCUGGCUACGAAGUUGGCAAGCGACGCUUUACGCCCAUCAAGGGCGGCAGUACUUCUCCAGAAGCAUUAUCGAAGGAAACGUGGAUUUUGUUUUUGGAGGGCCAAAUGUCAAAGCAGUUUUCUUUAAAUGUUCAAUUCUAGCCAAGGCUCAAGGCACAUUCACAGCUCACUACCGAGACCUCGACACUUCUCCACGAGACACUGGCGCUUUUGUGUUUCAGUGUUGCACUUUUGAUGGCAUGUCAAGUACAACGGGUCCUUGUUACCUUGGCCGCCCCUGGCGCCCGGAUGCACGGGUCAUCCUAUCGCAUUGCUAUAUUGGUCAGUGUGUGCCUCGGCGUGGUUGGGACCGCUGGGACGGCUCCACUGACAUUAACAGGCCGACGUUCUGGGAGUUCAGAUGUGUGGGGCCUGGUUCAAUCAAAGCUACUUCCGCCACCAAUCAACCUUCACACCAAGAGAGGCGUACAAUGCAGAAAGAUCCUCCCUCAGAAUCACCACGAUUCAUUGGCCGAGAGCCUUCAGAAGCUGAGGUUGCCCCAUUUUUAGACUGCCGAUCCUUUUUUGCAAUGAAUGAAACGGACUUCCCAGGGACGACCUUUCCUGGGCCAGCGCCACCGUGCUCUGUUAAUGAAGACGGCCCACUCGGAACCCCUCGUCCUCCAAUUGAAGAAGCCACUCCUGACACGACCAAAGAAACCACAAGAAUGAUUCUUGUGGUUGCACGGGCACCAGACGCAAAUACCUCAGCUCUUGACCGUGUGCAUGGUACCGUAAAGUGGUUCACGAAGGUGCAGGAGGCCAUUGAUGCAGUGGAGUCUGGAGGGAAGCACACCACUGUGAUUGCAGUCCAGCCAGGCACAUACUUUGAGCAGGUACGAGUCCCCUGCAAUAAGACGCACAUUCUGCUGCGGGCGGCAUCAGUUGAAGAAGUGAGCACUGGUGGUGGGGAGGUCCGGAUAGUCUUUGACGCACAUGCAGGGAAACCUAAGCACAGCAGCGGCGGCAUCAGCGGCAGUGGCAGUAUCAAAGGGAAAGAUGCCAGUGCUGCUGACAGCUACACGACAUAUACUUCUGCAACUUUUGCGGUGGAGGCGAGCCAUUUCACAGCAGAGGGGAUAGUGUUUGAGAACGCAGCAGGACCGCAGUGUGGGGGCGCAUCAGGGCAGCACCAGGCGGUGGCAGUGCGGGUGACAGCGGAGCGAGCAGCGUUCCACCAGUGCAGCUUCCUGGGGUGGCAGGAUACGCUCUACUUGCACCGUGGCAGCGCGUGGUUCAGGGAUUGCCGAGUGGAGGGAUCUGUGGACUUCAUCUUUGGAGGACCCAAGGCACGAGGCUACUGGAAGGGGUGUGAGGUGGCAGUAAGGGGCAGGGGGUGGAUGACAGCUCACCGCAGGGAUCUCACGCAGUUGCCUGACGACACCAAUGGUGCAUUCGUCUUCGAUGCAUGCUCCAUUCAAGCGGCAGAUGCAUCAGUGCCUGACAGCUGUGCGCUGCUGGGACGGCCAUGGGGUCCAGAUGCGCGUGUGCUGCUGCAUGGGUGCAGCAUAGGAGCCGUGGUGAAGGCAGAAGGGUGGAGCACAUGGAACUCUGCCACUGAUGUUUCUCGCCCUCGGUUCCUCGAGUGGGAGUGCACCGGGCCCCGUGCUUCAUUGGCUUGU